UCCACCUCUAACACCCUAGCCUUCGCCGCCUUCGUGAGUUGGGUUCCGCCGUCGCCCGUCGCUCCUCCUCCUCGCCAUUGCGCAGCUGUAGCCCCGCCGUGUGAUAACGGCAACUUUUGCCUCCCACCACGCGUCCGUCGAUACCUCCUCUCUAUUUCUUCUUCUUCUCCCCUGUUCCUUUUCUUCCGGCCAGAGGAAAAAGCCAACAGCUAGCUCGCUAAUCACCUUUCUUCCUGUAGGCCCUUCGUUGCAGGUUACAUAGCUAGUAGUUUAAGAUGGUGCAAUUCAAAAAUAGAUAUUUGGUGAUGGAAAUAUUUAUACAUGGAGAAAGAGACUUCAUUGGAAGGGAUACACCGAGGGUUAUUAGCUCAAGCAGUAUCUCCAAAGCAAUCAAGGAAAGCGUUCAGUUAAAUUUUGGGGAGUGUGGCCUUGCGCUAUUACUUGGAUCCCUCCAGGUGAAGUAUGUCAAUUCCACAACAAAGAUAUGCAUCAUCAGAGUUUCUCGCUCGGAGUACCAGAAAGUUUGGUCUGCUAUUACAAUGAUCAGGAGCAUUGGGAACAACCCGGCUACAUUUAAUUUGCUUGAUCUGAGUGGGUGUAUCAGAGCCUGUAAGAAAGCUGCCAUCAAAUGUGAGGAAGCUAAGUAUGAACAGUUUGUUUUAGCUGCCGGUGAUAGUGUUGGCCUGAAUUUUACCGAUGCUAGAAAAGAUAGCAUUGUUAAAAUCAACGCUUUGGAUUCCUAGCACCACCAGGUCAGCUCCAAUACAUGAGUUCAUUCAUACCUCUCCAUUCCUUGUAUUCUAGUUCAGACUUUCGCCCUUGUUCCUCAUUUAUACCUCUUCAAAUCACUCCUAUUUCUAUUUUGCUGUGUGUAUGCUAGUUCAGACUUUCGCCCUUGUUCCUUGACAGUCCAAUAGCAUGUACCUUAACCCAAAUCAGUGCAAUACUAACUUUUUUGGGGGAACAAGCAUAUUUUUCGGUUA